AUGACUGCAAUGACUGUAUUUUUUCCUUUGGAUACAGCUAGGCUUAGACUUCAGGUUGAUGAGAAGCGGAAGUCUAAGACAACACCGGCAGUCCUAUUGGAAAUAAUCAAAGAAGAAGGCCUGUUGGCACCAUAUCGAGGAUGGUUCCCUGUUAUCUCCAGCCUUUGCUGCUCCAAUUUUGUUUAUUUUUAUACAUUUAACAGUCUUAAAGCUCUCUGGGUCAAAGGUCAGCAUUCAAGCACUGGAAAAGACUUGGUUCUUGGGGUUGUUGCAGGUGUAGUUAAUGUCCUGUUGACCACUCCUCUUUGGGUAGUGAACACACGUCUGAAGCUGCAGGGAGCAAAAUUUAGAAAUGAAGACAUUGUACCAACCAAUUAUAAAGGCAUAAUAGAUGCGUUUCAUCAGAUAAUACGAGAUGAAGGAGUCUUAGCUUUAUGGAAUGGUACUUUCCCCUCCUUGCUGCUGGUCUUCAAUCCUGCCAUACAGUUCAUGUUUUAUGAAGGCUUUAAACGGAAGCUUUUGAAAAAGCAGCUGCAACUCACAUCUUUGGAUGCUUUUGUCAUUGGUGCAAUAGCCAAAGCAAUUGCCACCACGCUCACUUAUCCUCUGCAGACAGUACAGUCAAUUCUGCGGUUUGGACGCCACAGGUUGAACCCAGAGAACCGAACGCUAGGCAGUCUUAGAAAUGUUCUUUACCUUCUUCAGCAGAGAGUGAGGCGUUUUGGAUUAAUGGGACUCUACAAAGGCCUUGAAGCAAAGCUCCUGCAGACAGUCCUUACUGCUGCUCUUAUGUUUCUAGUGUAUGAGAAACUGACUGCAGCAACCUUCACAGUCAUGGGAUUAAAGCGUUCACGCAAACACUGAAAAAGGAACUUAUGCCAAAGAUUAUGGGGUCUAGAAAACAUGGUCCAUUUCUGAGACAGUCUGGGUAACAAAAGGUCCUCACUUCCUCUUUCUCUUUUCUUUUUAGCCACCUCCAUCUCCAUUAUUUGGAGAAAUUUGGUAUACACUCUACAGGACCUGUUGCCAUGAAUUCAGGGAUAGCCCAUUCCCUACUCUUCUGUGGACUCACUAUGUGAAACAAAGCAGAGACCUUAUUUAAGCACUUGACAUGAAAUUUUAACUACUAUAUGAUUUGAUUGACGUUCUUGGCAAGAAUGAGUAUCUGUUGCUAUGCUUUCUUGUUUUCCCUCAAGUCAUCGUCAACUAUUCUUCUAUCUUUACCCUCUGUCAGCAGCUGGUGGGGCUGGUUUCAUGUUAUUUUCCUUGACCUGUGUUUAUGUUUUUUUUUU